AUGGCUGAUCGACGCAGUGGGAUGGUCCAGUCAUUUGGAUAUCCUCAAAACAGCUCCAUCGUCAGUCGAGCUGUAGCAGCAGCAGCAGCAAACAAUCAUCAUUCCAGCAGAAACAGAGGCAGAGGCUCCAAGCGCUACUCGGUGUCUGUGUUUUACUCCAUGGCUGCUGAGCAGGAUGUGGAGGUAGAGGAUGAAUUGGCAAAAGCGCAAAGACGUUUACGUGAGCUCAAAACCAAGAUCUCGACUCAAUCCAAGAAAAAUUUUAUGCGUGAAAGGGAUGUGCGGUUUCUUGAUGCCAGAAUUGGUUUGUUGAUUCAAAAUCGCAUGGCCUUGGAUGAGCAACAUGAAGUGGCAUCUCGCCUGGAAGAGCAUGAUGAAGACGAUGAAGACCAUUAUCCUGAUGAUCGUCGAAUGCAGCAGUAUGGCAAUCUGUUCUAUCUUUUGCAGAGCGAACCAAGGCACAUUGCCAUCUUGUGUCGCUUGGUUAGUCUGGCCGAAAUCGACACUUUACUGCAAACUGUGAUGUUUACGCUCUACGGUAAUCAAUACGAAAGUCGAGAAGAGCACUUAUUGUUGACCAUGUUUCAGAAUGUGCUGGCUGCUCAAUUCGAAACCACCACUGAAUUCACUUCACUGCUACGUGCCAACACACCCGUGUCCCGUAUGAUGACCACAUACACUCGUCGUGGUCCUGGGCAAUCGUACCUGAAAUCAGUUUUAUCCGACAAAAUCAACAACCUGCUCGAACACAAAGACUUGAAUCUACAGAUCAACCCACUUAAAGUAUACGACGAAUUGGUACAGAAAAUGGAGCAGGAGCAAGGCGGCCUGCCCGAUGGAUUUCCUAGAAGUGUAACAGCUGAAAUCGCCUCUGCAAAUCCCACCGUACAAGAAAUGAUUCGCCCCAGACUCAAGACAUUGAUGGACAUUGCCAACUCGUUCUUGACGACCAUCAUUGAUUCACUGGAUCAAGUGCCUUACGGUAUUCGUUGGAUCUGCAAACAGAUUCGAUCCCUGACAAAGCGAAAGUAUCCUGAUGCGACAGAUCAUGCCAUCUCUUCAUUGAUUGGUGGCUUCUUCUUUUUAAGAUUUGUCAAUCCUGCUAUUGUCACCCCUCAGGCUUAUAUGUUGGUCGAUGCCAUUCCAGGCACAAAUUCACGUACGACAUUGACUCUGUUGGCUAAAAUGCUUCAAAACCUAGCAAACAAACCAUCUUACGCCAAAGAAACGUACAUGAUACCAACAAAUCCAUUUGUCGAAUUCAACAAACAACGCACCAACAAAUUUCUAACCGAUUUAUGUGAAGUGGUGGAUUUCUACGAACAACUAGAGAUGGAUCAAUACAUGGCACUCAGUAAAAAAGACAUCAUGAUCAGCAUCACGCCCAACGAAAUCUACAGCACAUUGGCCUUGUUGCAACAGCAUCUGAACAUCAUUGCACCCAAAGACACAGACCACCUGCGAAUUCUGAUCAAUGAAGUCGGGGCUGUUCCUGCUCAGGUGCCCAGAAAAGAGAACAAGGCCAUUGAGUUGCCUCUAUUUAGUCGCUGGGAGAUGCCCAUUCAAGAUUUAACCAUGUCCCUGAUGUCUGAGAACAAUAUCACACAAAACGAUAUUCUUUAUAUGGAAGCCAAAUCGAUUUUUGUGCAAAUCAUACGUUCACUUCCUUAUUUAGCUCGUCCUCCUCUCAAGUUACACUAUAUUGCCGAAACUGCAGGCACAGGCAAAGACGCACAGUUAGUUCACAAAGGUAUCAAGGUGAAGGAAAUGUUGCGCGAACUAGAAGAAGCAGGCGUCAUUGACCGUCGUGAUAACCAUCAACUGUUGGUGGAAGAGAUCAACAAUGAACUGACCCAUUUGGGCGACUUGAAGCUCAAAGUAGUCGAGGAAUUGCAGUCUUUGGAGAGCGUCUACAAGACCAUCAUUGAUCACAACAACUAUCUUAAGAGCCAAUUGGAGAGCUACAAGGCUUACCUACAAAAUGUGCGUAUGCAGACAACGCCUGGUGGUGGUAGCAGCAAGAAAAACCAAGUGGUGGGCAUUGGCGUAGAAGUCGCGGAUCCCAAAGCCUGCAAGAAGGCCAAUAAUGCCAAAUCUACAGUGCAAGGUCCCUUCAAAUACACCCAUCAACAGUUGGAAAAGGAGGGCAUCAUUGCCGAAACUGAGGUGCCAGAGAACAGACGCAAUCAUAUCUUCCUCACUAUUGCCUCUCCACUUCCAGGCACCUUCAUCAUAGCCUUGCACUAUAAAGGACGUGAUAAGCCAGUAUUAGAAAUCGACUUGAAAUUGGAUGAUUUGCUUGAAAAGCAACAAGACAAUGUUCAAUUGUUGGAUUUAGAGUACAUCAAACUCAAUGUAUCAAAGACAUUGCAAUUACUGACCAAGACCUUCAUGUCAAGAAACAGAACUGGUUUCUUUUCUUAA